UGGCAGCUUUAAAAACCAUCCAACUGCUGACUUCAAACUAGAAGGUCAGCAAAGGAAAGUGGAAGUUGGAUUCUGAAAGAUCGAGGUGCCCACAGGAAUUUUACGGUCGUCGGAUUUUGAAGACUUGAACUAGACUGGGGGUUCUCCUUGCAUUUCUUGCGUGUUGCCUAUCUUUGUCCUCUCUCUUCCGGCUUCGAGAUGAAUGUGCAGCCCUGUUCUAGGUGUGGGUAUGGGGUUUAUCCUGCCGAGAAGAUCAGCUGUAUAGAUCAGAUAUGGCAUAAAGCCUGUUUUCACUGUGAAGUUUGCAAGAUGAUGCUGUCUGUUAAUAACUUUGUGAGUCACCAGAAAAAGCCGUACUGUCACGCCCAUAACCCUAAGAACAACACUUUCACCAGUGUCUAUCACACUCCAUUAAACCUAAAUGUGAGGACAUUUCCAGAGGCCAUCAGUGGGAUCCGUGACCAAGAAGAUGGUGAACAGUGUAAAUCAGUUUUUCAUUGGGACAUGAAAUCCAAGGAUAAGGAAGGUGCACCUAACAGGCAGCCACUGGCAAAUGAGAGAGCCUAUUGGACUGGAUAUGGGGAAGGGAAUGCUUGGUGCCCAGGAGCUCUGCCAGACCCCGAAAUUGUAAGGAUGGUUGAGGCUCAAAAGUCUCUUGGUGAGGAAUAUACAGAAGACUAUGAGCAACCCAGGGGCAAGGGGAGCUUUCCAGCCAUGAUCACACCUGCUUAUCAAAGGGCCAAGAAAGCCAACCAGCUGGCCAGCCAAGUGGAGUAUAAGAGAGGGCAUGAUGAACGCAUCUCCAGGUUCUCCACGGUGGCGGAUACUCCUGAGCUGCUACGGAGCAAGGCUGGGGCACAGCUUCAAAGUGAUGUGAGAUACACAGAGGACUAUGAACAACAAAGAGGGAAAGGCAGUUUCCCUGCGAUGAUCACACCCGCCUAUCAGAUAGCCAAAAGAGCCAAUGAGCUGGCAAGUGAUGUGAGGUACCAUCAACAAUAUCAAAAAGAAAUGAGGGGAAUGGCUGGUCCAGCCAUUGGAGCUGAGGGCAUCUUGACAAGGGAAUGUGCAGACCAAUAUGGCCAGGGUUACCCGGAGGAGUAUGAGGAGCACAGGGGAAAGGGCAGCUUCCCAGCUAUGAUCACUCCAGCAUAUCAGAACGCCAAGAAAGCUCACGAACUCGCUAGUGACAUAAAAUACAGGCAGGACUUCAAUAAGAUGAAAGGCGCUGCACAUUAUCACUCGCUUCCAGCUCAAGACAACUUGGUUCUCAAACGGGCUCAGAGCGUAAACAAACUCGUGAGUGAGGUGGAGUAUAAGAAGGAUCUGGAAAGUAGUAGAGGUCACAGUAUCAACUACUGUGAAACACCUCAAUUCAGGAACGUGAGCAAGAUCUCAAAAUUUACCAGUGAUAAUAAAUAUAAAGAAAACUACCAGAACCACAUGAGAGGCCGCUAUGAAGGAGUUGGUAUGGACAGACGCACUCUGCAUGCUAUGAAAGUUGGCAGCCUGGCAAGCAACGUUGCCUACAAAGCUGAUUAUAAACAUGAUAUUGUCGACUACAACUACCCAGCCACUCUCACGCCUUCCUAUCAAACAACUAUGAAACUGGUGCCCUUGAAAGAUGCCAAUUAUAGGCAGAGCAUCGACAAGUUGAAGUACAGCUCGGUGACUGACACUCCACAGAUUGUUCAAGCCAAAAUCAAUGCCCAGCAGCUGAGUCAUGUGAAUUACCGUGCUGACUAUGAGAAAAAUAAGUUGAAUUACACAUUGCCCCAGGAUGUUCCUCAGCUGGUGAAGGCCAAAACCAAUGCCAAACUCUUCAGUGAGGUUAAGUAUAAAGAAGGCUGGGAGAAGACAAAGGGGAAAGGAUUUGAGAUGAAGCUGGAUGCCAUGUCUCUGCUGGCCGCCAAAGCCUCUGGGGAGCUUGCUAGCAAUAUUAAAUAUAAAGAAGAAUAUGAAAAGACAAAAGGCAAAGCCAUGGGAACAGCCGACUCUAGGCUUCUGCACUCCCUGCAGAUUGCUAAGAUGAGCAGUGAGGUUGAAUAUAAGAAAGGCUUUGAAGAGAGUAAGACCCGGUUUCACCUGCCCAUGGAUAUGGUAAACAUCAGGCAUGCUAAGAAGGCCCAAGCUCUCGCCAGUGACCUGGACUACAGGAAGAAACUGCAUGAAUACACUGUGCUGCCUGAAGAUAUGAAGACUCAGUGGGCCAAGAAGGCCUAUGGGCUCCAGAGCGAGCUGCAGUACAAGGCUGACCUGGCAUGGAUGAAGGGAGUUGGGUGGCUGACAGAGGGGAGUCUCAACUUGGAACAAGCCAAGAAGGCUGGACAGCUGGUCAGCGAGAAAAACUACCGGCAGAGGGUCGAUGAGCUGAAGUUCACCAGCGUGACCGACAGCUCCCAGAUGGAGCACGCCAAGAAGAGCCAGGAGCUACAGAGCAGGGUGGCCUACAAGGCAGGAAAUGAGCAGUCUGUCCAUCAGUAUACCAUCAGCAAAGACGAGCCUCUCUUCCUGCAGGCCCGAGCCAAUGCUGCAAAUCUCAGCGAGAAACUGUAUAAGAGCAGCUGGGAAAACCAGAAAGCAAAAGGGUUUGAGCUGCGUCUUGACUCCUUGACCUUCCUGGCAGCCAAAGCCAAGAGGGACCUGGCUAGCGAGGUGAAGUACAAGGAGGAUUAUGAGAGAUCCAGAGGGAAGCUCAUUGGGGCAAAAGAUGUACAGGGAGAUUCGCAAAUGAGCCACUCACUGCAAAUGUCCAAGCUGCAGAGUGAGCUGGAGUACAAGAAGGGAUUCGAGGACACCAAAUCCCAAUGCCACGUCUCCCUGGACAUGGUCCACCUCGUGCAUGCCCGCAAAGCUCAGCAUUUAGCCACAGACAUAGGCUACAAGACAGCGGAACAUCACUUUACGGCUUUGCCCACAGACAUGAAAGUGGAAUGGGCCAAGAAGGCUUAUGGCUUACAGAGUGAUAACCAAUACAGGGCAGAUGUGAAGUGGAUGAAAGGCACGGGCUGGGUCGCCACCGGGUCAUUAAAUGUGGAGCAGGCGAAGAAGGCAGGAGAACUCAUUAGCGAGAAGAAGUACCGUCAGCAUCCAGAUGCUUUGAAGUUUACCAGUAUUAAAGACACUCCGGAGAUGGUCCAGGCCAGAAUUAGUUAUACCCAAGCAGUGGAUAGAUUAUACAGGGAACAAGGAGAAAACAUAAAGCAUCAUUACACACCGACUGCUGACCUCCCUGAAGUCCUGAUGGCCAAGCUGAAUGCCAUGAAUAUCAGUGAGACACGUUAUAAGGAAUCCUGGAGCAAACUUCGAGACGGUGGCUAUAAACUGAGGUUGGAUGCCCUUCCAUUCCAAGCAGCAAAGGCUUCUGGUGAAAUCAUAAGUGAUUACAAAUACAAAGAGGCAUUUGAGAAAAUGAAAGGACAGAUGCUUGGUUCCCGGACCUUGGAAGAUGAUAUCAGCCUUGCACAUUCAGUGUAUGCGACCUCACUGCAGAGUGAUGUGAAUUACAAGAAAGGCUUUGAACACUCAAAGGCACAGUUCCAUCUGCCGUUGGACAUGGCCGCCCUGGUGCAUGCCAAGAAGGCUCAGACCCUGGCCAGCAAUCAGGACUACAAACAUCCACUGCCCCAGUACACUUCCUUGGCAGAAGACCUGAGGCUGAGCUGUGCCAAGAAAGCUCACAAAUUGCAGAGUGAGAAUUUGUACCGGUCAGACCUGAACUUUAUGCGAGGUGUUGCAUGUGUCAUUCCAGGCACGUUGGAGAUUGAAGGGAGGAAGAAAGCAUCGGAACUCAUCAGUGAGAGUAAAUAUCGGCAGCAUCCCCACUCAUUCAAGUACACAGCUGUGACAGACACUCCCAACCUCCUUCAUGCGAAAUUCAGCAACCAGAUAACGAAUGAGCGCCUCUAUAAAGCAGCUGGAGAGGAUGCAAGACACCAGUAUACAAUGACCCUGGGUCUGCCCGAGUUCAUCCGAGCAAAAACGAAUGCAGCCAACCUGAGUGACGCAAGAUACAAAGAGUCCUGGCGUAAUCUUCGUGCUCAAGGCUACAAGCUGACAAUAGAAGCGCUCCCCUUCCAGGCUGCCCGGGCCUCUGGAGAUAUAGCCAGUGAUUUUCUCUACAGACAUGACUUUGUGAAGGAGCGAGGGAAACUCAUAGGGCCCCAGAGUGUAAGAGACGACCCCCGGAUCCAGCACUGCCGGCGCAUGGGCCAGCUGCAGAGCGAGCUUCAGUACAGGAGGGGGGCGACCAGCAGCCAAGCCCAGUUCCAUCUGCCCAUGGACAUGGUGCACCUGGUCCAUGCCAAGAAUGCCCAGGCUCUGGCCAGCGACCACGACUACAGGACACAGUAUCGCAAGUUCACAGCACUGCCCGAGGACCUGAAGAUGGCCUGGGCCAAGAAAGCCCAUGCCCUGCAGAGUGAGUUGCGCUACAAGUCAGACCUGAUCGGCAUGAAGGGCAUAGGAUGGCUGGCGCUGAGAUCCCCACAGAUAGAGAGUGCAAAGAAGGCUGGAGAACUCAUCAGCGAGACCAAGUACCGUAAAAAACCAGACAGUAUCAAGUUCACCACAGUGGUUGACUCCCCAGACCUGGUUCAUGCCAAGAACAGCUAUAUGCACUGCAAUGAGCGCAUGUAUAGAUCUGGAGAUGCAGAAUCCCUGCACAGAUACACCCUGAUCCCCGACCAUCCCGAUUUCACCCGAGCUCGCCUCAAUGCGCUGCAUCUGAGUGACAAAGUCUACAGAAACUCCUGGGAGCAGACCCGGGCUGGCAGUUAUGACUUCAGGCUGGACGCCAUCCCCUUCCAGACUGCCCGGGCAUCCAGGGAGAUCGCCAGUGAUUUCCGGUACAAAGAGGCUUUCCUGCGGGACCGAGGCCUGCAGAUCGGGUACCGCAGUGUCGACGAUGACCCAAGGAUGAAGCAUUUCCUCAACGUUGGCAGGCUCCAGAGUGACAAUGAGUACAAGAAGGACUUUGCCAAGAGUCGGUCCCAGUUUCACAGCAGCACGGAGCAGCCCGGCCUCCUUCAGGCCAAGAGGAGCCAGCAGCUGGCCAGUGAUGUGCACUACAGGCAGCCCCUGCCCCAGCCCACCUGCGACCCGGAGCAGCUGGGCCUCAGGCACGCUCAGAAGGCCCACCAGCUGCAGAGUGAUGUCAAGUAUAAAUCAGACUUGAACCUGACCAGAGGUGUUGGCUGGACCCCUCCUGGCUCCUACAAAGUGGAAAUGGCUCGGCGGGCUGCGGAACUGGCCAACGCAAGGGGCCUGGGUCUCCAGGGAGCUUACCAGCGGGGGGCAGAAGCAGUGGAGGCUGGAGAUCAUCAGAGUGGGGAGGUGAACCCAGAUGCCACUGAGAUUCUGCACGUCAAAAAGAAGAAGGCCCUGCUGUUGUGAGCCAUGUCCACCCUGAUUCCUGAGAGGCCAGAGAGGAAGUUUGUUCACCAGAGACAGGCUUCAGAUGGCUUUGAUUUCGGCAAGCUGGAAUGGCCCACCAGCCCAUCCCAGAUCUUCCUUUAUUAUUUUAAUAACUCUGAAAGCAGAUGGAGAAUGUUGUAUUUGUGGUCCUCUCUUAUACCUAGACAUGGAUGGCUGAUUCUGUUGAGUGCCUCGAGUGUCUGGGCUGAGGAAUAAAGAUGUGAUGGUGGUUCCCGCUGA